UUUCGGGCAGUCGCAGCUCAUUUCCGCUCCGCUGUGGUCGUUUUAAUAAAACACACUUUUUUAGGUGUUGACCAUCGACGGCGGUCGUCAUGUCCAACAACAAUGCCAGCAGCAACUUAAUUAUGGCUCAGAGGGCCGUGAAGCAACUCAGGUUAGAGGCCAGUAUCCGCAGGAUCAAGGUGUCCCAGGCGGCUGCUGACCUGAAGAACUUCUGUUUGCAAAAUGCCUCCAAGGACCCUCUUCUGAUGGGAGUGCCCUCCAGUGACAACCCCUUCAGACCCCCCAAGUCCUGCUCGCUUUUCUGAGCAGCUUGGAGAGCAAGAAGGAUUGGUGGAUUUCCCCCAUCAGAGUCUGUCUUCACUUCUGAAAAAUAUUACCGUAGAUCUCUCAGCACCUCCUCUUUGGAUGAUGCACAUGGUGCUGAUGGGUUGAAGAGGUGUGGGGCUGGGGUGUGAGGUUGGAUUGGUUCACUCGUUUGCCAAAACAGAUCACAUAUCACAUGAAAGCAGGGCAAAACUACAUGUCCAACGAGUAGGCAGAAGAUGUUCACAACAGUAACUUGACUAAUGAUUAAUCUCUCGGUUCUCUCGGUACUCAGCAUGUCCAGCCUCAAUUUAAGGAGCUUAAUGGUGUUUGUUUCCAGUCAAGGGAGAUUGAAACCGUGGUAAUGGUUUUGAAAGUGCAGCUUCCUUUUUUUCCUGAAAGAAAAACAAAUUUAAACCAGGUGCUGAUCAGGAAAAGCAACAAGUCCUUUAUACUGUUUCAUAUUAUGCAUCUCUAUAAAAACACUACAGAAAUAAGAGUAAGAUUUAACUACAUGGCUAACAGACACAUUUAUUUUUUUCGAUCAGAUGAUACUUUUAAGUAAUCAUGAAUUAGAUUUUUUUUUUUUAAUUUAGGUGUUAGGUCCCUUGCACACCAACUGUGUCGCGCUGAGCUGGGUGUCAGCAAUAUAGUGGGCUGGGAAUUGUGGAGUUUUUAAAAUCUCCCACAAUUGAUGGUAGGUUUUUAGCCACUGGUUCAUAAUGCCGUGUCACCAGCAACAAAGUUUGGGGAAUUGUGAAGGAGCUCUGUUUCCAUAGCGACCGAUUCAGUGUGUACUUUGGGCUCAGUCAUCAAACUAGAUGGAUGCGUCAUGUGCCUCGUUUCGUUGCGGUUGCGCGAUUAUACAUCACAGCCAGCAGCGGUCAAAGUUCAAUCCAGUAGAAAUGUUCCCUGUCGGAUCACAGCGAGCUCCAUGCUGCAGUGAGCGUGCGCCCUGCUCGGCACAGUUACAUACUUGCUGCACUGCUGCGACUCGUUGAAAUAAAUGGGUUUCGAGGGGCAGCAGUGCAGUCGCCACUUUCAGUGUGCAAGAGGAUUUACUGUUACCCUGAUCAGGUACUACAACACGGUACAGAUGUUAACCCUCUCAGUUUAGAGCAUGUGGGAAAAACUGUUCAUCCAGCCUCUCUCUCUCUCUCUCGCUCGCUCGCUCGCUCACUCUUAUUUCUUUUUUUGUCUUAGUCUGCACAUGUUAGAUCUUGUAAUUAAUUAAAAAAAAAUGAAAAAAAAAGCAACAAAAAAAACUAAUGAAGGCCUUACACUUUUUGGAUAUAGAAAAUUUUAUGUAUUGUCACGUUAAAUACUCAAUGUUCAUAUCCCUGUUGAAAUCCUCCAUUAUUGUAUUUAAUUGAUUACGCUGAAUGAUCUGUUGCAUUAAUGGGUUUUCGCACUGUAAUCAAUCUGCAAUCAACCAAAACCUUUACUGCUGUUGGCCUUUUUCUUUAACAUUGUAAUUGUGGUUGAUUGUUUGGAAAAAAAAUUAAAGAAAUUUUUCACAUUCUGAUUUCAA